AUGCAUCCUCCAGACAAUGCAGCACCCAAGCAAGCCUCCCCGUUGAGCACCGUUCACUCCGAAUCGGCGGACAAUUUCACCCCUGAAGGCCCUUCAGCAGGCCUCCGCAAACACCAGGAUGAUUCAGAUCUCGUUCCCUUGCCAAUGAACAAUCUGUACAAUCUCACAGACCCGAACAACUCACAACUAAUCCGCGUCGAUCCCGCCGACGUCAACGGACCCGACUUCAUCACCCAAGGCGCCCUGCCAGUCUCCGAAGCAGAAUUCCUCUUCGAUCACUACCUCACACACAUAAACCCCCUCCUAUGGGACGGGAUGCUCUGCUCGCACAAAUCCCUGCACGAGGCAAGACAGUCGUCGUCAUUCCUAGUGGCCGUGGUACUCACCGUAGCGGCCCUCCAUAUUCCAAAUCGCGAACAAUCCCUGCACUCCACGUACGGAGCAUUUGUAUCGCUCAUGCGCGGGUCGUGUCUACUCCGCUGCCAGAAUCUAGAUAUUAUCCGUGCGCUCUGUAUUGGGGCCUUCUACCUCACAAGCCUGAGCUGGGCGCUCUGCAGCCGCGCCGUGCGAGUAGGCACCGAGAUGAACCUGCAUAAAUCCUCGCUGCAGUUUGCGCGCGGGUCGCUGGAGUCGUAUGAGCGCGUAAGACUCUGGUAUGUUCUUUAUGUGUGUGAUCAUCAGUUUGCACUCGCGUAUGGCCGGCCGCCCAUGAUGCAUGAAGAUGCGGCGAUACGGAACGCGGAGAAGCUCUUAACCAGCGGGUUGUCGUCAAAGGGGGACCAUGGCCUCGUGGCUCAGGUGAAACUAUUCCGCAUUCUUGCUAGUGGGUACUUCAUGCAUGGGUGCGAUCCGGACCUCGAGCUCAGUGGACGGGAUUUUGAAAGGUUGAAAGAGUUUGAUAUCUCGGUUGAUCAAUGGCGACUUGAGCACCCGUCUAAGGAAGUCGGGGUUCGACGAGACAGUUUGACGUCCUCUGCAGCGAAUGCUCUGUACUAUCAUCUGGCACGCUUCCAGCUUAACUCGGUUGCGCUCCGUGGUAUCUCAGCAAGGGAGGCGUCUCACGAUACACCGAGCCUUGAUAUGAACUGGGACAGACAGGAGGCUUCCAACAUCGCCAUAAUGACCGCCAUGAGCACGGCGAGGAUUAUUGUGGACGAUUUAGAUCUCCAGAAAGCAUUAAUUGGCUUGCCAAUCUUUGUCCAUGCAAUGGUUGCAGUCUGUGCGUCCUUUCUCCUGAAGAUGGCUGUCGUUUUCGGGAAGUCGGAAUCCGGUGAUGGCAAUACCCUGCAUCUCCCUCGGGACCUCGCUGAGCAUGGACUAAACUUUCAUACUAAAACGGCUUUGACGAAUGUAGAACGCCUUGUACGAGUGCUGUCUCAGGUAGCGGACAAUGCGAGCCAGCGGCAUGUUGUCAGACAGGUUGUUACUGGACUGGGCGAGUUGUUACAGCGAUUCUCUCCCGGGCGGGAAAUGGGAGCGUUCCUCUAUUCACUUCCUUCGCAAUCUACGUCUACGAACCUGUCGAAGCGUCAAGUGGUGGCGGCUGAGCGAGACGCGGUGGUUGACCUGCCUCCCAUGUUCCCUGAUACUUCGGUCGAAGGGACUGCAGCGGUGCAAGUUGACACUCGCCAGGAUCCAUUUGACCUUACUGGUGAUCUGGACUGGCGAUUCGACGAGGGGUUUUUAUUCGGCAUUGACGGGGUUGAUUCAGAACUGUCGUUCCUGUGA